GUUCUAGCCACCAGUAGUUUGCUGCUGUCCAAAAUUUUCAAGCUUUCAUUAACUCUCUCCCCAUUUCGCAGCGACUAAAAUGAUAGCCAUGGCGUCGGUGGCGUUGAUGCUGGCGAGAGAAAGAUAAAGAGACAGAUUUGUAGAACAUGCUGCGCUAUCGGUUAUUAUUGUUGAGUUGAAUUGAAUCAAAAGCCCUCUCUCUGUCUUUUUUGUGCCUGGUUGGAUUUCCAUUAUGCAGAGGGAAGGGAAGAAAGUUGAAUAAAAGAAAGCGGAAAAGCUUUGCCUAGUUGGAGUUUGUAGCAGCAGGUACUACCAUUACCAACCAACUGCUAGUCUAGUCGCCCCCACGUUUCUCUCUGCGUAUUUUGUGGGUUAGACAUACACUCCACCAUCCUUCGUCGAAGUCCUUUCAUUUCCUCUGUUUUGUGCCUACUCUUCUCCACGACGAUUACCCUCUCCUGGAAACCCCAGGAAGAAAAUGAAAUGUGGAAGCCAUUAUUGCUUUUGGACUUCUGGGUUUUGAUCCUCUCUCCUUUCCAUCUUCUGGGUACUCCUGCAUUCCCCUCAAUUCACUGCUGAAAGAUUUUUGAAACCCUAGUGCUUCCUUCACCAGAAGUGAGCUAGAACAUUGAGGGUUUCCUCUGAUUUGGGGUCUGCUGCUCUUGAGGUAACUUAAUUCCCAAUCUUUUGUCUAAGUUGUUGGGUUUCCAGCUGAUCUGGGUGCCCUACUGAAGAGAAGUAAUUGCUACGCUGCUUUUGCUUGAUCCCCCCCAAAAUCUGGGCAUUGAAUCCAGAGAUAUGUUCAUGUAGUGGUUUUUUAGGGUUUCAUGAUGCAAAGUUGAGGACUUGAGGUAGUAGAACUAUUGGCAGAGAUAACAAAAGAGAAGAAAAGAAAAAGAAAUGGCUUCAUCUGCACCUGCACCAGACUCUUCUAGUAACUCUGCAACUCCACCAUCGCCAACCAUUAUCCCAUUGCCAUCUCUUCUGCCUCCAACUCCCACUUCAAGCCAGCCUGAUCAGACAACAGACCCUUCUUCCCCACCACCUUCUACCCCUGCUGCUACUCCUCCUUCCCCGCCGCUUCCACCGCCGCCAACAGCAGCAGCAGCUCCACCACCGUCAACUCCGGCAUCUCCACCACCAUCAUCAUCUCCACCUCCAUCAUCGCCACUUCCAACCUCUCCACCGCCAUCAGCUCCCGUUGACAAUCCUCCUCCCCCUCCAGAUGCCACUAUUUCACCUCCUGCUCCAGAUGCUUCUCCACCACCGCCGCCGCCAGAGGUUAUAAGCUCUCCUCCACCCCAGGCCUCCCCUACAACUCCUGAUCUAUCCCCUCCACCACCUCAAGCUGUAUCCCCUUCACAACCACCACCAUCACCUCCUUCGGAUGACCCAUCACCGCCAACAAAAGCAAAGCCUCCCAAAGGUCCCCAUAAACGCCCCAAGGAUUCUCCCCCACCUUCUUCUCAACCUGAUAGCCCUCCUCCUACGGCCACAUUGCCAUCUCAACCUCCUGGGGCCCCUUCAACACCUUCUGUACUUUCUCCUCCAGCUCCUCCGGGGGAUUCUUCGAGCAAUGGCAGCGCUGCCACUUCACCUUUCCCCUCUAUCCCUACCGAGAAACCAACUGCAAGGGCUACUACUGAUGGUAGUGGUACAAAUGUUUCUGGAAAUUCGACAUCUCCUUCUAGGAGUUCGAACGAUGCAACCGUGGCAAUUGGUGUCGUGGCUGGGCUGGCGAUAGCUGGCCUCCUUGUGAUGGCUGUGUGGUUCCUACAUUACAGAAAAAGAAGGCGUGAUAAGGCGGAUAUUGGUUACACCAUGCCUUCUCCAUUUGCUUCGUCUCAAAACUCAGGUACAUGAUGCUUUGUUUUUGCGGCCUCAAUCUUCUGUCCCACUGCAAGGAAGCCCUUCAGGCAGUGAUUUCAUGUAUUCCCCAUCUGAAGCUGGUGGGCUAAACAAUUCCAAGUCUUGGUUCACCUAUGACGAACUGCUCCAGGCUACAAAUGGUUUCUCAAAACAGAAUCUCUUAGGUGAAGGUGGAUUCGGUUGUGUAUAUAAAGGUGUUCUGGUAGAUGGAAGAGAAGUAGCUGUAAAGCAGUUGAAAAUUGGUGGGUCUCAGGGUGAACGUGAGUUUAGAGCAGAGGUGGAUAUUAUUAGUCGAGUACAUCACCGCUAUCUGGUUUCAUUGGUGGGUUAUUGCAUAUCUGAUCAUCAAAGACUGUUGGUCUAUGACUAUCUUCCCAACGAUACUCUGCAUUUUCAUCUCCACACUGAAGGCAGGCCAGUCAUGGAUUGGGCAACACGAAUCAAAGUUGCAGCUGGUGCUGCUCGUGGCUUAGCCUACCUGCAUGAAGACUGCCAUCCCCGAAUUAUUCACAGAGAUAUAAAGUCAUCAAACAUCCUUCUUGAUGACAAUUUCGAUGCCCGGGUAUUGUUGCUUAUGACAUUCCUUUCUCUACCAAAUCAGGUGGCAGAUUUUGGACUAGCAAAACUAGCUUUGGAACUGGAUUCAAAUACGCAUGUCAGCACACGUGUGAUGGGAACUUUUGGGUACAUGGCUCCAGAGUAUGCCCAAAGUGGAAAGUUGACUGAGAAGUCCGAUGUUUAUUCCUUCGGGGUUGUGCUUUUGGAACUAAUUACAGGCCGUAAACCUGUAGACCCUUCUCAGCCUCUCGGUGACGAGAGCCUGGUUGAGUGGGCUCGUCCACGGCUCACUGAAGCACUCGACAACGAGGACCUCGACGUGUUGAGCGACCCAAGACUGGAAAAGAACUAUGUACCGGGAGAAAUGUUCAGAAUGAUUGAAGCAGCAGCAGCUUGUGUGCGCCACUCGGGUAUAAAGAGGCCCCGAAUGAGCCAGGUGGCGAGAGCUUUGGAUUCGAUAAACGAGUUGUCAGAUUUGUCAAACGGAAUGAAACCUGGUCAGAGUGAGAUCUACGAUUCGAGGCAGCAGUCUGCGCAGAUCAGGAUGUUUCAGAGGAUGGCAUUUGGUAGUCAGGAUUAUAGUUCAGAGUAUUUCAAUCGCAGUCAGAGUAGUUGGAACAGUAAUUCUCGAGAAUACAGGGAAAGAGACCGGAGUUCCUUCAUACCCUGAACUUACACUAACCAGAUUUCUCGACGUGAAAAGAUUUGGUUACAGCUGAUUUUGAAGGCGGGAUGGAUGAAGACGUCGACCCAUAUCAUAAUUUUUUUUUUUGCAUCACUGGAUGUUGUUUAGUUCUCUGUUCAGUGUUGGAAGAACAGCACCAUGGUCGCCUCACCAUUUCAAUGCUCCUUUCUCUCCCACAAUCAGAUCUCCACUGCAUUAUCUUUUUGUCUUUGUAAGUUUUGGCCCUCCCAUUGACGACAUCAUAUUAUUUUUGUUAGCACCUUUUUACUAUCUUUUUUUUUCUUUCCCUUCUCUUGUUUGUACUUAAAUCAAUUACUUCUCAUUCAUUUGUUUGUAUGUAUAAAAAAGUGAAUACUAAUGGCAGGAUUCCUUUAUUGUUACA